AAGUCAGUCCAGUAGAAAGCAGAAGGAAGCAUUAAAACAGUUCUCAAUUGCAAUGGGGGAAGACCCACAAAAGCUGAAGAAGAUAGCGGCGGCGGCGUAUGACUACCAGAACGAUCCGAGAUGGGCCGAUUACUGGUCCAAUGUUCUCGUCCCUGCCCAUAUGGCCUCCAACUCUGAUGUUGUCAAUCACUACAAGCGCAAGUUCUACCAACGCUACAUUGAUCCUGAUCUCAUAGUAGAGCCAAUGUCUACCAGUAGUUCAUCUCAGUCAACAAGACCAUCAGCUACUUCAUCAUCACAAUCACCCCCAUCAAGAAAUGACCAAGCUUAUACACGAAACUCAGGAACAGGAUCAACAAAUAGAACUUCAGGAACAUCAGCAACUGCAGGUUCCAAUCCAACUCCCUUGCGUUGGGAGCGGCAGACAAUUCAUUUUGCUGUCAAUGCUUGGGUGUUCGUCAUUGCUAUGCUUGCUGUCAUUCCACUGGUACCUAGGAGUAUUUCACAAAGAGCUUAUCGACUUUCCUUUUUGGGCACUGCAUGCUCUUCUCUGUACUCCUUGUACUCGCAGUAUGGGAAACCAAGAGCAUGGAAUUUGCAGGCCUUGCAAAUAUACCUCCAGUCAAUAGUUGGAACGAAGGAUUUUAUAUAUUUAUUAUACUGUCUUUCAUUUGCUACUUCACAUCUCUGCCUCAAAUUUGCUUUGAUCCCCGUAUUAUGCCGGUCACUGGAGCAUGUUGCCAAGUUCCUUAGACGUAAUUUCAGUCGAUCCACUCUGUACAGGAAAUAUAUGGAAGAAUCUUGUGUUUGGGUGGAAUCAAAUACAACCACCCUUAAUAUCCUGACGUCACAUGUUGAGAUUGGGCUUGGCUUCCUUCUGAUCAUAUCACUGCUAUCGUGGCAGCGCAACAUACUACAAACUUUCAUGUAUUGGCAGAUUUUGAAGCUCAUGUAUCAAGCUCCUGUUACUGCUUCUUACCAUCAAAGUGUUUGGGCUAAAAUUGGGAGGACUGUGACCCCAUUCAUCCACCGCCAUGCUCCGGCAUUGAAUGCUCCUUUAUCGGCAGUCCAAAGAUGGUGGUUCAGGUAGAAGAUGCCUGGGAAUAUACACAGGCCAUGUGAAAUGUUACUCUUUUUCUAUCUUGAAAUAGAAAGGACUCCCUAUCAAUGACUCUGUAGCCGGUAGAACUGAAGCUUUGAUAAUGAUCUAUUGACGAAGAUUUCGUUUUGGAGUAUUGUAUCUUCAAAAGCAUAGCCUGUAGGAUUGCAUAUUCCAGCUAGUUCAGUCACUCAAUGCAUUUGAAGCCAAGGUGAUGAAAAUGCAUAAUAAUAAAUAGAUAUUGAUGAAAAUCUGACUUAGAUUUAUACAUUUCAAGAACCUUAACAAAAAUAUUUUGUUGUUUAAAUGCUUUAAAUUUCACAUUAAAAGCAGACUACUUGCUCUGUAGGUAA